CAGUAAUACGCUUAACAGCGUCUACACUGCCGAAAUCCUAGAAGAAGAAGAAGAAGAAGACGUGACUCCGGUCAGACAGCAGAAAUUAGACAACAGACUGACUGAAGAUGAGUGAUAUGCAGAAACAGGACAGACCAGAGUUUCCAGGAUCCAGAUGUGACCCGUCUAAAGACAGACCUCCAGACUGCAGUGAUGAACCUGGACCCUUAGACACAAAAGUUCAGUGCCACAGACAGAGAGCAGAGUCUCCAGUAUCCAGCUGUGUAUCUAUGAAGAGUGAUUGGUCCAAAGAGUCUCCUCCAUACUUCAGUACUGAACCUGGACCCUCAGACACAAAAAGAAGAGCAGAGUCUCCAGUGUCCAGCUGUGUGUCUAUGAAGAGUGAUUGGUCCAAGGAGUCUCCUCCAUACUUCAGUAAUGAACUUGGACCCUCAGACACACAAGAGAGGAAGAGGAGUCAUGUUUCUGUGGAGGAGCAGCUGUCCUGCUGUUCUUUGUGUCAGGACAUCCUGAAGGAUCCAGUCUCUACCAGCUGUGGACACUGGUUCUGCAGACAGUGCAUCACCUCAUACUGGGACCAGUCUGCUUCAUCAGGAGACUCCUCCUGUCCCCAGUGUGGAGAAAGAUCUGGAACAAGAGCUGGACUGCAGACAGCUAGUCAGCCCAGCACUGUACAAAUGGACCUUGGUCUGCAGGAGGUUUUAGAUGAACACAAGAUCAGUCUGAGGAGGAAAUGUGAACAUGUGACUGAACCAGGAAGCAGAACCCCUCUAAAUAGGAUCUACACUGAGCUCUACAUCACAGAGGGACAGAGUGAAGAGGUUAAUACCCAACAUGAGGUGAGGCAGCUUGAGACAGCUUCCAAGAAGAUCCUCCAUGAGACUCCAAUCAAGUGCCACGAGAUCUUUAAAGCCUCACCUGACCAACAGAGACACAUCAGAGUGGUUCUGACGAACGGCGUCGCUGGCGUUGGAAAAACCUUCUCAGUGCAGAAGUUUACUCUGGACUGGGCUGAGGGCUUGAACAACAAAGAUGUCAGUCUGGUGAUUCUGCUUUCAUUCAGGGAGCUGAACCUGAUCAAAUAUGAGCAGUACAGUCUUCUCAGGCUGCUCCAUGUUUUCCAUCCAACAUUACAGAAGGCCACAGCAGAGCAGCUCGCUGUCUGUAAACUUUUGUUGAUCUUUGAUGGCCUGGAUGAAAGCAGACUUUCACUGGAUUUCCACAACAAUGAGGUUGUGUCUGACGUCACACAGAAGUCUUCAGUCAACGUGCUGUUGACAAACCUCAUCAAGGGGCAUCUGCUUCCCUCGGCUCUCGUCUGGAUAACUUCCAGACCUGCAGCAGCCAAUCAGAUCCCUCCUGAAUGUGUCGACAGGUUAACAGAAGUACGAGGCUUCACUGACGCCCAGAAGGAGGAGUACUUUAGGAGGAGAGUAAGUGAUGAAGAUCUGUCCAACAGAAUCAUCUCACACAUCAAGACCUCCAGGAGCCUCCACAUCAUGUGUCUAAUCCCAGUCUUCUGCUGGAUCACUGCUACAGUUCUGGACCACAUGUUGACUACAGACCAGAGAGGAGAGCUGCCCAAGACCCUGACUGACAUGUACUCACACUUCCUGCUGGUUCAGACAAAGAGGAAGAAGCAGAAGUAUGAUGAGGGACAUAAGAAGAGUCCACAGGGGCUGACAAAGGCUGACAGGGAAGUUCUCCUGAAGCUGGGGAGGCUGGCGUUUGAACAACUGGAGAAAGGAAACAUCAUGUUCUACCAAGAAGACCUGGAGCAGUGUGGUCUUGAUGUCACAGAGGCCUCGGUGUACUCAGGAGUUUGUACAGAGAUCUUCAAAAGAGAGAGUGUGAUCUUCCAGAAAACAGUCUACUGCUUCGUUCAUCUGAGCAUUCAGGAGUUUCUGGCUGCAGUCUACAUGUUCCACUGUUACACCAACAGGAUCACCAAAGCACUGGAGGGUUUCCUUGGGAAAUACUGGGACAAUGAAGACAGUGAUUCAUCCCUGGAUGAUGAUGAUGAUGAUGUUGAUGACAUCAGUGAUGAUGAAUGUUAUAAGGAUGUUGAUGAAGACUGCGUUAAUGACAAUUACUCAACCCUGGAUGUCUUCCUGAGAUGUGCCAUGGAGAAAUCUCUCAAAAGUAAAAAUGGCCACCUGGACCUGUUUGUCCGCUUCCUUCAUGGCCUCUCUCUGGAGUCCAACCAGAGACUCUUAGGAGGCCUGUUGGGUCAGACAGACAACAGUCCAGAAACCAUCCAGAGAGCCAUCAACAACCUGAAGGAAAUGAACACCCACAAAAUCUCUCCUGACAGAAGCAUCAACAUCUUCCACUGUCUGAUGGAGAUGAAUGACCACUCAGUCCAUCAGGAGAUCCAAGAGCUCCUGAAGUCAGAGAACAGAUCAGAGAAGGAACUCUCUGUGAUCCACUGCUCUGCUCUGGCCUACAUGCUGCAGAUGUCAGAGGAGGUUCUGGAUGAGUUGGACCUGAAGAAGUACAGAACGUCAGUGGAGGGACGACAGAGACUGAUUCCAGCAGUGAGGAACUGCAGAAAGGGUCGACUUUCUGGCUGUGGACUCUCAGACACUCACUGUGAACUCCUGGCCUCGGCUCUGAAGUCCAACCCCUCUCAUCUGAGAGAGCUGGAUCUAGGUGGAAACUAUCUGCAUUACUCAGGAGUGAAGCUGCUGUCUGCUGGGUUGAAGAGUCUACAUUGUAGGCUGGAGACUCUGAGGCUUGAGAGAUGUGAACUGCCAGAGAGCUGCUGUAUUUUUUUGGCCUCAGCUCUGAAGUCCAACCCCUUCCAUCUGAAAGAGCUGGAUCUAAGUGAAAACCAGCUGCAGGACUCAGGAGUGAAUCUGCUGUCUGCCGAACUAGGGAGUUCAGACUCCGAGCUGGAGACUCUGAGAUUGAGGAACUGCAGGUUGUCAGAGAUCAGCUGUGAUUAUCUGCUCUCAGCUCUGAAGUCCAACCCCUCCCAUCUGAGAGAGCUGGACCUGAGUGACAACAACCUGCAGGAUUCAGGAGUGAAGCUCCUGUCGGCUGGACUGAAUAAUCCAAACUAUAGACUAGAGACUCUGAGAUUGAGUCGCUGCAGUUUGUCAGAGAUCAGCUGUGAUUAUCUGGUCUCAGCUCUGAAGUCCAACCCCUCCCAUCUGAGAGAGCUGGACCUGAGUGACAACAAGCUGAAGGAUUCAGGAGUGAAGCUGCUGUGUGCUGGACUGGAGAGUCCACACUGUAGACUGGAGACUCUGAGGCUGUCAAGUUGUCUGGUCUCACAUGAAGGCUCUGCUGCACUGGUCUCAGCUCUGAAGUCCAACCCCUCCCAUCUGAGAGAGCUCGACCUGAGUGCCAACAACCUGCAGGAUUCAGGAGUGAAGCUGCUGUGUGGUUUUGUGGAGAGUCCACACUAUAGACUGGAGACUCUGAGAUUGAGUCGCUGCAGGUUGUCAGAGAUCAGCUGUGAUUAUCUGGUCUCAGCUCUGAAGUCCAACCCCUCCCAUCUGAGAGAGCUGGACCUGAGUUACAACGGGCUGCAGGAUUCAGGAGUGAAGCUGCUGUGUGGUUUUCUGGAGAGUCCACACUGUAGACUGGAGACUCUGAGAUUGAGUCGCUGCAGUUUGUCAGAGAUCAGCUGUGAUUAUCUGGUCUCAGCUCUGAAGUCCAACCCCUCCCAUCUGAGAGAGCUGGACCUGAGGAACAACAACCUGCAGGAUUCAGGAGUGAAGCUGCUGUCUGCUGGGAGUCCAAAGUUUAGACUGGAAACUCUGAGGACUCAGGUGGACAGUGACAUGGUCAGAGAGGCCCAGUGCGCCUCGGGGAAGCUAGUACAAGAGAGAUGUGAUCUCUUUUCCGAGUUCCUGCUGUAGAAAGGAGGCAGCGGGGGCUUCUCACCAGGAGGGAGGAGACACCAGCACAAGGACCAUCGUUUCCAACAGCGCUCAGAUCGGUCAAACAAUGAGUUCACGCUGACUAUAAAUGUCUGAUUAAAUAUCAACACAAAAUACGACAAUACAGCCAACAUUGUGACUGUUGUUGGAUUCUUUAUUUGAACUUCUUACUGUACAGAUUUAAUGUAAAAAGACAUUUAGAUGUAGUCAGGCAGACGAUACUGAGACUGUACUUACUGCACUUUGUAUUACAUAAACAGAUUUAAAGCCAGUCUGAGUGCAGGAUCUGCUGUUUAUGGGGCAGAGGUCAAAUAAUUGCUUAUGAUUUUUAAGCCAUUAAAAUUAUUUAGAGAAUAUUUAAUAAGCACAUAACUGCUGUUCUACAUCAAACACAUUUGGACAGUCUGAAGCUGUUAUUCUGUAGUUACUGCGGUCGGCCUCUGGGGGCAGCACAGUGCAAUCUUCUGCCUCAGUUUCACUGAUUAUAUCUGACUAUUAUAUAAUGUGGCUGUAUCUCAUUGCGCCGACUUGCACACUUCAAACACUUAGUUUUAAGUAUAUAGUGUAGUUAACACAAAAAGUCAGUACACUGAAAGUACCCGGAUGACCCCCUAAAAACGGUCAAACAAUUCAAUUUGGAAUGAUGGACCCUACUCGCACUGAACGGACGCCAUCUUGACUACAAAGCGGAAGGGGAGGGACCAUUGGGACGAGCACGUUAUAAAUGUGAACUCUAUCGUAUAAAUGUAAGUAACAGCGGUAAUACGAAACGUUUUACUAUCGUCUAAUGCAUUACUUACAUGUCCUCACUGACUGAAGCCCGACAUAAUCAUUUGGCGAGUUAAUUAGCGUAACAUUACAUAUAAUGCUACCUCGCUACCCUAACCUGCGUUGGCGUCGGAGGCGACGUAGUUACCACAUGCUGUGAACUGAGCGGUAAAUGAACGGAAGUAUGCGGAAUGAGACACAGCCCCUGUACCUGAUUACACCUUCAGGCUUUAUUCUGCUGGAAACCUGGGUUAGUUUAAAUGAAACACUUUUAACUUCUGUAAUGUUUAAUCUUUUCCUGCUUUAAUAAAAGUGAAAAGUGUCAUUGUGACAAA